CUGUGGGCGGGAUUCAAGGACUGCCUCAGUGCGCGCCCCCAGACAUGUUUGGGGAGGCGGGAGGUAGGGUGGUCACAAAGUUCAAUGUGUACAAGAGACUGGCUGGUUACAGAAUGAGCAGGAGGUCAGGGAGGGAGAAGUCUUGCUGCUUAAAGGCGAAAGGCUAACUCAGAAGGAGCCAUCCUACCGAGUGUGAGACACGCACACGGUAAAAAUUAAACAGUGCGAAAAAGACAAGAGUGAGUGCACCCACCCACCCCUGAUGGCCUCUCCGGGCCAGGGCGGUUUGUGGAGCUGUUUUUCCUCUGUUUUGGGGGCCUUCUCAAGCCCCACUUCCUGUUCCCUGGCUCGGGCCAAGACCUCUCAGGGCUCAGAUGUCGGGUUCCUGGUCUCAAAGUUGCGGGAACUGUCUCUGGGGAAGCCUCACUCCACCCGCUGCCCAGGCAACAUGCUCAUCAGACGCCAGGGUGGGCUGGGGUUGGCUGAAGCAGACAGAAAGCAGCCCCUGCUUGGAUGGGCCUCUCCAGGGAGGCCGCAGGUCACAGGCACGCAGCCACAUCUGCCCUGGCCCACUCCCAGGUGGUGGUUCCUCCUCUGGGGCGUCCUCCAGGCUUUCCCCACGCAGGGGUCCGUGGUGCUCCUGGCCCAGUGGCUGCCCCAGAAGCUGACGUCCCCUGGGUACCCGGAGCCGUACGUCAAAGGCCAGGAGAGCUCCACGGACAUCGAGGCUCCAGACGGCUAUGCUGUGAGGCUCCUGUUCCAGGACUUUGACCUGGAGCCAUCCCCGUACUGUGAGCGGGACUCCGUCACAGUUUACCCCACACCUGCCUACCCCCUCCCCUUGCAGAUCACAGCCAGUGGGAUGGAUCUCGGCCAGUUCUGCGGGCAACAGGGCUCCCUGCUGGGCAGGCCCCCGGGUCAGAGGGAGUUUGUGUCCUCAGGGAACAGUUUGCGGCUGACCUUCAGUGCACCAGCCUCUGAAGACAAGACCCCAGGCCUCCACAAGGGCUUCCUGGCUCUCUACCAAGCCGUGGCUGUGAAUUAUACUCAGCCCAUCAACCAGGCCACUGGGGGCCCCAAGGCCAUCCCCACACCUGGAGACAACCCCACUGAGAUCCAGAGCUGCUGCCAGGAGCCCUAUUACGAGGCCAAGCCCUCAGAGACACUCACCUGCACUGCCCAGGUGCCCUGGAAGCAGACCCAGAAAAGGGAGGAGGCUGCCCGCUGUGUGCCUGUCUGUGGACGGCCGGUGGUCCCCAUCUCCCAGACCUGGGAGUCCCUUGGCGCCUCCAGAGCUGAGCUGGGCAGCUUCCCCUGGCAGGCCCUCACCAGCAUCUAUGGCAGGGGCGGCGGGGCCCUGCUGGGCGACCGCUGGGUUCUCACCGCAGCCCACACCAUCUACCCCAAGGACAGCGUCUUGCCCGGGAGGAACCGGAGCGCCCAGGUGUUCCUGGGCCACACGGACACAGACCAGAUGUUGGAGCUGGGCCGCCACCCCGUGCGCCGCGUGGUCGUGCACCCAGACUACCAUCAGGAGGAGCCCCAUGACUUCCACGGAGACAUCGCGCUCCUGGAGCUGGAGCGCAGCGUCCCCCUGGGCCCCCACCUCCUCCCAGUCUGCCUGCCGGACCGCGAGGCCCUGUACCGGCCCGGCCGGUGGGGCUACGUCAGCGGCUUCGGCGUGGAGAUGGGUUGGCUGAGCACCAAGCUCAAGUACUCGCGGCUGCCCGUGGCCCCGAGGGCAGCCUGCGAGGCCUGGCUCCGGGAGAGGCAGAGGCCCGAGGCAUUCACCGAUGGCAUGUUCUGCGCCGGGGACCAGACGCGGCCGCAGAGUGUCUGCCAGGGGGACAGUGGCGGCGCCUUCGUGGUGUGGGACAAUCGCACCCGGCGCUGGGUGGCCACGGGCAUCGUGUCCUGGGGCGUUGGGUGUGGCGAGGGGUACGGCUUCUACACCAAAGUGCUCGACUAUGUGGACUGGAUCCGGGGAGUGAUGGGUGAGAAGGACUGACCCCGAGGGGCUGAGCUGGGCGCCCACUGUAGAGCCCAGGGAGAGGGCUGGGUUCAGGACUGAGCCCUGGGCCUGGGCCGGUGGAGGCAGGGAGACCUAAUUAGGCCACAGAGCCAGAGAAAUCCUUGCCUCCCACAGCCCCUCCUCCUCACCCUCCAUCUUCCUAGGGGGCUUGUGCCACACCCGGGAAGCCCCAUUAAUCUCUGCUCUGAACUCCAUCUCCUGUGGACGCAGCUUCUUCUGUACUCUCUUAAGAGACAGUCACCUUCUCAUCCCCCUGUUCAAGUGCCGUGAAGGAGUAGUCACAAUUCAUUUCAUUUCUGGAACAUUCCAAAGCCCCUGUAGUCCACCUUCAAAUACUCAAACUCUUGGCUUCACCAAGCACAACCCAUGGCUGCAUUUGGAGUCAUAGCUCUUUUUGUUGUUUUAAAUCAGAAAAAAAAAUAAAUAAAUAAAUAACCAGGCGUU